AUGAGACUGGUCUAUGGAGUCACUGACGUGACCACAGAUAGUGCUGGUAGUAGCAUGUUCACUGCGAUGUUAGACGCUAGCGGAAAACUCGAAUCUCUCACGCCAGCAUCCCCCAUAGAAGAAGAUCAUCCCCACAACCGCCGGGAGAACUCCCACUAUCGCCAUGCGGCAGUCGCCGCACCCCACGCUCCUGCCGUUGUCCGCUCGGGUGGGCGCAUGCACUUCCCCAUCCCCGUCAACAUCUCAAGAAUGCCCCUCGACACACCCACGUACGUACUCGAGGACCAAUUUGAGCCAGUCGUCUACGAAAUCCUCGAAGCCGGCCUCACUUCUGUCAACAAGCCGUUCACAGACCUCUGGCCCUCGGUCUGGGCAGUACCCCGAAGAACCCUGUUCCGACUUCUGAAGAACAUGGAGCUGCUGCAGUGGAGCCUUCCUCACAACUACCGUAUUCUUUUCACCACCUAUAACAUCGAAGAUGUCAGGCAUAAGCUGAGCUGGAGGCACGUGGGCCCGGCGAGCAUCUUGAAUCCAAGCGCUUUGUGCGCCUUAUCCCCCCCGGCACGAACAUAUAUGAAUGGGCACAGAAGGAAGCCGAGACGACCCGCGUCCUGCCACAUCUUCGCCAUCACGUCGGUCCUCCAUGAGCCAAAGCCAAAUGCCUGGGGCCCUGAGGUUCUGCGCGUUGCUGUGUCAGGCAAGGGUGGUACGGUAUACCCAGCCUGGGCACGCGAUACCACUGUCGACGGGCUCUGCAUCAACUAG